AUGUCAACUCAGCAGGUUCGAAGCAGUAUAUGUGAUGUGCUUGACAUUGAUCCAGAUCAAGCAGACAAUGACUGGGCGAAAGGCCGGUUAAAAAAACUGCAAAACACGACGUACACACUGUAUAACGUUUCAUUGAACAAAGUGAUGUUGAAGCAGCACGAAGAAGUAGCCAGAACGCACUUGUGCGCUUUUCUGGCAGCAGAGAAACUUUCUGAGAAAUAUGAGCCAGGUUUGAGAUAUAUUUCCGACAAAAUCCCGCUCGAACCGAGACAGGUAGCCAAAAUGCUGGAUAUCAUGCGCUCCACAAUUUUGACCUCAUCGCCUGUCAAAGGCUUAAGUUGGUCACCCAGCCCGCGUAAAGCGAAAGGCAGUCCUGUGCGUAAUGGCGGUCGUUUCACUGCAGUAGAUCCGGUAGAAAUGCGUAGACAAUUGUUCGGAACGCCAACGAAGCAGGGGAGAUCCUCCACACCAGUCAUCCCAACACCCGCGGGGGAAGAAAUUGGGAGUGCAGAUGCCCCAGUGAAAGACUCUACUGAAAAUUUCGAAAGGACGCCUCGAAGGAAGCUUGUCUUCGAGAUGGACGAGGCCGACGACCAACGCGAUGUCGCAAGUGCUGUCGGAGAAGAGGAAGCAGAGGAAGAAGCAAGGGAAGAAGAAGAAGAAGAAUAUCUUAAUGAUGAGAGGAUCGAAGCGGUACACUCUCCAAAACGCCCCAGUCCACGUAGGCUGAACUCCUCGCCUAAAAAACGUUUCAAAGCAUCGGAUUUCGAUCCCUCAACAGCUUCGGGAAACGGAGGUGACCAGCGCCGCUGUUUGCUUUACAAAAAAUACUACAAAGUAACCCCUGCUGAAAUCGUGGAGCUUUGCAACCACUUCGAAAUUCCUCGCGAUCUCGCGUACCGCAUUCUGGAUCAGUUUUUUGAACAUGCCACCUAUCUGGUUUUUCCCUAUCAACUGGUGUGUGGGCUCAUUCUCAAUUGUUGCCAGGUCAUUUUCAAUGAUCAGCGCCGCAAAGACCCUCGCGUUUCAGAGUACCUUUAUCAGAAAAUGUGUCUGCUAAUGAAGACGACCGAUAUAUCGGAGAUCAAAGAAUGCAUGCGUAUUGUGCGCGAGCUUAUCGAGGGCGAACAGUGGUUUCGAGGACUCAAAGUCAAGUUCAACUACUACGAUGGUGUUGCGUACGAAGAAGCAAUUGCCAUAAGGCUUGGAAACAUGCUACAAAGGCCUACAAAUAUUGCAUCUGAUGAGCAACUCGAAAUUUGGAAAAGUCGGCUUCUAACAGAUCUAUCGCUGAGGGAUGGGGCUUGA